AUGGCUACUAUUACAACUAGCGCGCCGAAGAGCGGCUAUGCGCUUGUCCUGGAGAAUCCCUUUCUAUGUGGUGUGGCAUCGUUCUCGACCCUAGGUGGUUUAUUAUUUGGCUAUGAUCAAGGUGUCAUUAGUGGUGUUAUCACCAUGGAGUCCUUUGGAGCUCGAUACCCUCGAGUAUUCGCAGAAAGUGGUUUCAAGGGAUGGUUCGUGUCAACACUGUUGAUUGCAGCCUGGGCUGGUUCCUUGAUCAAUGGACCUAUCGCCGAUCGAUUUGGUCGGAAGAUGUCUAUCAAUCUGGCAGUUGUGAUCUUCGUCAUUGGUUCCAUUCUCCAAUGCGCUGCUAUGAGUGUUCCAAUGCUGUUCGCUGGUCGAGCUAUUGCUGGUUUGGCUGUUGGUCAACUGACCAUGGUUGUGCCUCUGUACAUUUCUGAAGUUUCUAUUCCAGAGAUUCGUGGAGGUCUUGUGGUUCUACAGCAAUUAUCCGUUACUAUUGGAAUCUUGAUCAGCUACUGGAUCGACUAUGGAACAAACUACAUCGGUGGCACUCGAUGCGCUGCUGAUAUCCCUUACUCCGGUGGUACAAGUUCAAAGCCCAUCUUCGAUCCUUACCAUGAUGUUCCUGCUGGUGGCUGCACUGGCCAGUCCGAGGUGUCGUGGCGUCUUCCCCUCGCCCUGCAGAUCGUUCCGGCCGUUAUCCUCGGUGUUGGAAUGCUGUUCUUCCCAGACUCCCCCGAGCGUGAUGACGAUUCGCUGCACGCGCUCUCAAGACUGCGUCGCCAGGAUCGCAAUAGUCCUGCUCUCAACAACGAGUACCUCGAAAUCAAGGCUUCUAUCAUGUUGGAAAAUUCCUUUGCGAGGGACAACUUCCCUGGCCUCUCUGGGUUCAGGUUGCACGUUGCUCAGUACAUGUCCUUCCUGACCAACUGGUCCCGCUUCAGACGGUUGGCUAUUGGCUGCAUCGUGAUGUUCUUCCAACAGUUCAUGGGUUGUAAUGCUAUGAUCUACUAUGCACCUACGAUCUUCGCCCAGCUCGGUCUGGAUGGCAACACCUCCUCCCUCCUUGCUACUGGUGUCUACGGCAUCGUCAACUGCCUCAGCACCCUCCCCGCGCUCAUCUUCAUCGACAAAGUCGGUCGUCGACCUCUGCUCAUGGCUGGUGCCGCGGGAACUUGCAUCUCGCUGGUGAUUGUGGGCGGCAUCCUGGGUGGCUUUGGCUCCUCACUCGUGAGCAAUAAAACCGCCGGUUGGGCUGGUAUUGCCUUUAUCUACAUCUACGAUAUUAACUUCUCCUAUUCCUUCGCCCCUAUCGGUUGGGUUCUUCCUUCCGAAAUCUUCAACCUCUCCAUCAGAUCCAAGGCCAUUUCCAUCACAACCUCGGCAACAUGGAUGUGCAACUUCAUCAUUGGUCUUAUCACACCUGAUAUGCUCGAGUCCAUCACCUACGGCACAUACAUCUUCUUUGCUGCCUUCUGUCUUCUCGCAUUUGCAUUCACCUUCUUCUGCAUUCCCGAAACCCGUGGAAAGACACUCGAAGAUAUGGAUCUCAUUUUCGGCGACACAGCCGCCCACGAAGAAAAGAUGCGCAUCAAGCACAUCGAAGCCGAAUUGCGCGGAACACCUAUUGAAGAAGACAUCAUCAAGCCGCUCGAUUCCCACGCGGAGCAGGCAUGA